GGGCAAGUGGCCCGUUGCCCAGCACCUUCCAACGGUCCCCCGCGAAGAAAUCCCACCUCCCCUCCCCUGCCAACGCCUGCACCUGCAGUCAACAACAGGCGGGCCCACCCAAGCCGAGUCGCAACAUCCACAUUCCUUUUGCAUCUUGGGACAUUGCCGUCGACACCAAAUCCGGGCGUCCUAUCGAGUGUCGCCGUUGCAGUUGCAGUUGCAUCAACCAGCUGUAUCCAGGUCGCCGUGCCUGCUGCUCCUCUACGAGACUGACUGACUGCACCUUGUCGCAAAUAUUUCCCUUGGCUUCUUCUUCUUGUUGUUGUUUUCUUCAACUCGUUCAACUUCAACUCGUCCGUCUUCCUUCCACUUUUCGAUACCCAAACAAAACGAGACGAGCCUGUUGGUGUGACCAGGCAACAAAGGACACACCCGACCACCGCCACCAUGGACAACGUCAGCUUCGACAUCAACGAGGCGCUCAAGCUCUACAUGAGCGACCCUGCCACGAUCCCCACCGAGCAGGCCGAUGCCGCCCUCUUCGACUGCGAGAACGACCCAGAGAGCCUCACCAACGGCGUCAUAAACCCAGUCCUCAACCCCAUCAUCGAUGCCGUCGCCGAGAACCCCGACGCCAUCACCCGCAGCGCCCACUUCGACUCGCUGCAGUUCCUCCUCAAAUACACUCCGUACCUGCCCACACAUGCGCUGUCCAAGGUCUUCGAUCUCAUCACCUCCGGCCUGUCCACCGAGACCGACAUCAUCCACACCGACCUCGAGUCCGACGAGCAGGACCUCCUGUCGCAUCACAAACACCUGCUCGAGAUCUACGGCUUCCUGCUGCAAUGGACCAUCUCCUGCGUCGAGACAAAGGCCGCCGAGAAGUCCUCGACCGCCCCUGCCGCCCGGGGCAGGAAGCCCAAGGGCAAGAAGGCCGCCGCCGACAAGGAUGCCAACUGGGACAGCGCUGCCCAGCUGCAGAUAGCCCUCGACACCAUGUGCAAGGUGCUGCGCCUGAAGCUGGGCAAAAUCUUCCUGACCACGUCCGAGCGGGACACCUUCAUCGGCCUCAUCACGCGUCCCGUCUACCUGAUCCUCGAGAGCGAGCAGCGGAUCAAGAACACUACCAUUCGGAUGCACGCCUUCAAGGUCCUGUGCAUCGCUGUCAAGCACCACGGACAUGGUUAUGCCGCCCAAAUCUCCAUCGUCCAGAACCUGACCUACUUCGAGCACUUGUCCGAGCCCAUGGCCGAGUUCCUACACAUCCUGGCAGAACAAUACGACUACCCGCAGCUCGGCGAGGAGGUACUGCGUGAGCUCAGUAACAAGGAGUUCAACAGUAAUGACACCCGCGGCCCCAAGUCUGUCUCUACCUUCAUGGUCAAGCUGUCCGAGCUUGCGCCGAGGCUGGUCAUCAAGCAGAUGACCAUGUUGGCCAAGCAGCUUGACAGCGAGUCUUAUACGCUUCGGUGCGCCCUGGUCGAGGUCUGCGGCAACAUGCUCAUCUACUUGAGCAAACAAGAAGAGCGGGGAGAGAACUACAAGUCACAGCUGAAUGCCUUCUUCGACGUCCUGGAGGAGCGAUUCCUCGACAUCAACCCCUACUGCCGCUGCAGGGCAAUCCAGGUCUACGUGAAGCUGUGCGACCUCCAACAAAAGUUCCCCAAGCGGAGGCAGAGGGCCGCCGAGCUGGCGUGCCGGAGCCUUGAAGACAAGAGCAGCAACGUCAGGAGGAACGCCAUCAAGCUGCUGGGAUGCCUCAUCAAGACCCACCCCUUCACCGUCAUGCAUGGCCACCAGCUCGCCCGCAAGGACUGGCAGGAGCGCCUCGACAAGGUUGACCAGGAGCUGGAUGCCCUCAAGCCCCCGGCCGGGGCCCCUGAUAUGGACAGUCAGGGCAGGGCCGACGUCACGGUGGACGAACAGCUGCUCGACGAGGCAACACAGGUCGAGCCGUCCCCGCAGAAGAACAACCCCGACGAGAUGACCGAGGAAGAGAAGGCCGCUGCGAUCCAGAAGGUCCAGGAGGCUGCCGCGACCUCGGAGGCCAUCGAGAAGCUCACACUCACCCGACGCUACUAUACCGAAGCACUCAAGUUCAUCGAUGUCCUGCACGAGUCUACUGGUACCGUCUGCCAGCUUCUUGGGUCCAAGAACAAGAGCGAGGUGAUCGAGGCAAUGGACUACUUCGAGAUUGGCGACGCCUAUAACAUCGAGCAGAACAAGGUGGGCAUCCGCCGAAUGCUCAGGCUGAUCUGGACCAAGGGCAACAGCGACGAAGGAAAGGGCGUCCAGGCACACCUCAUCGAGUGCUACAAGCGUCUAUUCUUCGAGGCCCCAGACUCUUUCAGCGCCAACGAUGCGGCCAACUUCAUUGCCCGCAACAUGAUCAGCUUGACCUUUGGGGCCACGCCGGCAGAGCUGACAUCCCUCGAGCAGCUGCUGGCAACCAUGAUGAAGCAGGGCAUGAUCCCAGAUCUUGUCAUCUCGAAGCUCUGGCAGGUCUACGGCGUGCAGAGGCGCGAGAUAUCCAGGACGCAGAGAAGAGGCGCCAUCAUCGUGUUGGGCAUGUUGGCGACUGCCAACCCCGAGAUCGUGGUCAGCGACAUGGAAACCAUGCUCCGCACUGGCCUUGGGCCGCAUGGGCGCGGCGACCUCCAGCUCGCCAAGUACACGUGCAUCGCACUCCGCCGCCUCAACCCGAUCGGCCGACAGGCUAAGGAGUCUGGCGUCAAGUUCUCGCGGCUUCCGAACCAGCACGCUGUCCUCCAGAAGCUCGCCGCCAUCACCGACGUUCCCUCUGAGAACGAGGAGUGGUACGGCGUUGCUGAGCAGGCCAUCAAUGCGAUCUACGCCAUCUCCAAGCAUCCCGACGUACUCUGUUCCGAGAUCAUCCGCCACAAGACGAAGGCGGUCUUCAGUGGUCGACCCCGCUCGAACUCCAACGACAGACCUGCAUCUAGGGACUCGCAGAAGUCGGCACAGAGCAAACACUCGGCCAAGGUAGAGGGGGAAGAGGGCGACGAGGAUAUCGAAAUGGACGGUGCCGAGGCCACUGUCAUGCCCCCGACGCAACAGCCAGCACCACAGCCGGCGGCCACACAGACAGAGGCGGCUUCGAAGCCCAAGCGCGACAACGCAAUUGCACUGUCCGAGCUCUUAUUCAUCGUUGGACACGUCGCCAUCAAGCAGAUUGUCCAUCUUGAGUUGUGCGAGCUGGACUUCAAGCGCCGCAAGCAGGAGAAGGAGAAGGCCGUUGCCGCUGAGAAGGCAGCCGAGGCCGAGUCGCGCCGCAACAGCAGGAACAACCGGGCAUCGACCAUCGGGACUGUUGCCAACAAGGAUGAGCCGGAGGACGAGCUGGACCUCAUUGGCGGCACGACCGAGGACGACUUCACCGAGGCCAUGCUGCACAUCCGUGAACGGGAACUCCUCUACGGCCAGGACUCGCUGCUGUCCGUGUACGGGGGUCUCGUGAGCGAGAUUUGCGCAAACAACACCAAGUACAAGGACAAGGGCCUGCAGGCGGCGGCGACGCUGUGCCUGGCCAAGCUGAUGUGUGUCAGCGCCGAGUACUGUGAGGCCAACCUGCCCCUGCUCAUCACCAUCAUGGAGCGGUCUCCCGACGCCACGGUGCGGUCCAACGCUGUCAUCGCUCUGGGUGAUAUGGCGGUGUGCUUCAACCACCUCAUCGACGAGAACACCGACUUCCUGUACCGCCGACUCGCCGACAAGGAUGCCUCGGUCAAGCGCACCUGCCUGAUGACCCUGACCUUCCUGAUCCUGGCUGGACAGGUCAAGGUGAAGGGCCAGCUGGGCGAGAUGGCCAAGUGUAUGGAGGACGAAGACAAGCGCAUCGCGGACCUGGCCAGGAUGUUCUUCACGGAGCUAUCCACCAAGGACAACGCCGUGUACAACCACUUUGUCGACAUGUUCUCCCUGCUGUCGGCGGAGAAGGCGCUCGCGGAGGAGAGCUUCCGGAGGAUCGUCAAGUUCCUGCUUGGCUUCGUGGAGAAGGACAAGCAUGCCAAGCAGCUGGCCGACAAGCUGGCGGCCCGCCUUCCGCGGUGCGACACGGAGCGGCAGUGGAACGACGUGGCGUUUGCGCUGGGGUUGCUGCAACACAAGAACGAGGACAUCACCAAGCUGGUGUCGGAGGGCUUCAAGGUGGUGCAGGCGGCGGCGUAGCAGGCUGAGCUUCCUUCGCGGUGAGGUCGGGUUGCCGGUGUGGGUCUGUGUGUUUGUGUUGUUGACCAGUGUGUAUGUAGCUCAUGGGACAUGGUCCCAGAGAGGCGGCAUUGCGGAUAAAGGCCGGGGCGUUUUGGGUUCGUUCCAACACUGGGUUGGUGGGGUGUGGUAUUCUCUUUGUGGGUUGGUGGAUGAUAGAUAUACUCUAUGCGCUUACGAAGUAAUGUACCUGACACAUGCUGAAGAUUCCGUGGGUGUUGGCGGGUGUGACUAUUCAGACAUUUGCACCAUCCUCACCUGUGCAUCAAUGGGCAUUGAUGCCCCUGACCAGAGGUUUGGUUGUCCCGUAGCUGUUUGUUCGUCCGGGGGUUAUCCCUUAGGAGGUGGUGUGUGAUACACCCUCGGUCAGCAUUCGAGCAUCACGUUACUUUGUUUGUUCUUGUC